UGUGAUUGCAAGCAUUGGGUGAGAAGCUAUUUAAUGACAAGCUUAAGCUUCCAUUGUUAAUACAUUCACGACAAAUAUCAUUUUUCUAUACCAUGGGAACCAGUGACGUCAUGCCAUCAACUUAUGGUCGGAGAAUCACUGUUUUAAGCAUCGAUGGUGGAGGAAUCAGGGGUAUUAUACCUGCAACUAUGUUGAGUUUCCUUGAACUCAAGUUACAAGAACUAGAUGGAGAAGAUGCUCGGAUUGCAGAUUAUUUUGAUGUGAUUGCAGGAACAAGCACAGGGGGUCUAAUUGCAGCCAUGUUAACGGCUCCAGAUGAAAAUGGGCGUCCUCUUUGUAAAGGGGAAGAUAUUGUUCCAUUUUAUCUGAGACAUGGCCCCAAGAUAUUUUCUCGGAAAAACUACAAGAAGAUGACAAUGAAAAUGGAUGCCCUAAUGAGGCCUAAAUACAGUGGAAAGCAUCUGAGGAAGACGAUUUGCAUGGUCCUUGGGGAUCGAAGACUUCAUGAGACUUUAACCUCCGUUGUUAUACCAACCUUCGACAUCAAGUUGCUUCAACCUACCGUUUUCACAACCUUUGAGGCAAAGAUGGAUCCUUCAAAAGAUGCUUUGCUAUCUGAUAUUUGUAUUGCUACAGCUUCAGCUCCAACUUAUUUUCCAGCUUAUGCAUUUCAUACAAAAUAUUCAGAAGGAACUGAUAGGGAAUUUCACCUGGUUGAUGGAGGGAUAGCUGCAAAUAACCCAGCACUGCUAGCAUUGAAGCCAACAGGGGUAGCCUUUCCAAGUGAGCAAGAACAUGAAGUUUCGCAGGGACAAGCCCUUAACUACGAGAAUCAUUUGAUAAUCUCACUAGGCACAGGAACCUCCAAGAUGGGAAAGAAAUACGAUGCGAAAACGGCAGAGAAGUGGGGAAUUCUUGGAUGGCUUUACAGUGAAGGAAGCUCUCCAUUAGUGGAUGCUUUCACUUAUGCUGGAGCAGACAUGGUUGACCUUCACAUGUCAUUGAUUUUCAAGGCAAUUAAAUCCGAGCAUAACUAUCUUCGGAUCCAGGAUGACAAAUUAAGCGAGGAUGAAUCUUCAACUGAUAAAGCUACUAAAAAGAACAUGAGGAACCUGGUAGAGAUUGCUGAAAAGCUGUUGCACAAACCUGUUUCGAGGAUGAAUCUGGACUCUGGGAUCUUUGAACCAGCUGACAAUGAAGGAACCUAUGCAGAAGCUCUAUCAAGAUUUGCGAAACUGCUAUCCGAGGAAAGGAGACUCCGAAAAGCAGAGAUUGGGAAGCAGCUUUGAACAAGAUGGCCAAUGUUUGCUCAAAGCUUCUGAAAUUAUUAAAGUUGUAUGUGUGUUUAACUUUUUGAGGUGUUGUGUAAUCUUAUAUAGUAAAUAUAUUAAUCAUUCGUCUGUAUUAUUAUAUGGUAAUAAUUUAUGAAUAAUCUCAUGAUCUGAGUUAUGUCC